GGGCGGCGGGACCUACUUUCCUCUGGAAAUGGCCGCGCCGGGGAGCACCGUCCGCCCCGCGCCCCGAGGCCCGUCGGCGUAGGGCGGCCGCGGGGCUGCGGGCCUCCCCCGAGGGACGCCGGAGGCAGGAUGGACGAACAGAAGCCGCCCAGCGAGGAGAGGGACGCGGACGCGCCUGCCGAUGGGGCUGUGGCCUCGGAGGAGAUGGGCAGCGCGGAGGGGGACCCCCUGAAACCCCCUGAAGGAGCCUCCGCGGGGCCGGAGCUGGAGAGCAUGGACACGAAGGGACCUCCCCAGGGCGGCAGCACACUGGCCCGCCGCUGUGCCCUCUGUAACUGUGGGGACUGGAGCCCGCACGGGCAGCGGGAGCUGCAGCGCUUCGAGCCGGCGCCCGACUGGCCUGAGCGGCUGGCGGGGCACGAGCCCCCCGAGGGUCCUGGCCAGCCCCCCCCGGAGCUGGAGCCGGUGGGUGAUGACCUGGCACAGAUUGGUUUCUCCGAGCGGGUGACUCCGGUGCAGCUCUUUGAGCCGACGGGGCACUGCUGGGUCCACCGCUGGUGCGCAGCCUGGUCCGCUGGUGUGGGGCAGGAGGCGGCGGGGCCGGCCGGCGUGGACAGAGCUGUUUUCUCAGGGAUCUCACAGAAAUGUGAACACUGUCGGCGGAUGGGGGCCACCAUCCCGUGCCGCGCGGCCGGCUGCCCCCACCUCUACCACUUCCCCUGUGCCGCUGCCAGCGGCUGCUUCCAGUCCAUGAAGACCCUCCGGCUCUUCUGUCCCCAGCACGUGGCCGAGGCCGUGCAGAUGGAAGACGCCCGGUGCUCGGUGUGCGACGGGCCGGGCGACCUGCGGGACCUGGUUUUCUGCACGAGCUGCGGGCAGCACUACCACGGGGCCUGCCUGGACAUCGCCCUGACGCCCCGCAAGCGCUCGGGCUGGCAGUGCCCCGAGUGCAAAGUGUGCCAAACCUGCAGGCAGCCUGGCGAGGACUCCAUGAUGCUGGUCUGCGAGGCUUGCGACAAGGGCUACCACACCUUCUGCAUGGAGCCGGCCAUCGAGGGCCUCCCCACCGACUCCUGGAAGUGCAAGAGCUGCCGGGUCUGCUCGGACUGUGGCCGGCGCCCGGCAGGGCUCGACCCCGGCUGCCAGUGGUACCGGAGCUACUCGGUGUGCGAGGGCUGCCAGCGGCGCCGCGCCACGGAAGAUGCCAGCGGGGCACCGGCACACGCGCCCCAGCCGGACCCCCCUGCCCAGAUGCUGGCAUCCCCUGACCGCAGCGAGCCACCGGACGUGCCUGAGCUGGAGCCUGUGGGGUGCAACGAGAAGCCACAGCGGGGGGGGGACCCUGAGGAGGCACCCCCAGGCGAUGGCGGGUCUCCUCCCGACAAGCCGACCCCUGUGGAGGUGCCGCCCAGUGAGGUGCCCCCUGAUGAGCUGCCCCUCAACAAAUCACCUCUCAAUGAGUUGCCCCCCGUUCUCGUGCAGCCCCCCGAGGAGCCCCCCGUUCUCGUGCAGCCCCCCGAGGAGCCCCCCGUUCUCGUGCAGCCCCCCGAGGAGCCCCCCGUUCUCAUGCAGCCCCCCGAGGAGCCCCCUGUUCUCGUGCAGCUCCCCGAAGAGCCCCCUGUUCUCGUGCAGCUCCCCGAAGAGCCCCCCGUUCUCGUGCAGCCCCCGGACGAGCCCCCCGUUCUUGUGCAGCCUCCUGAGGAGCCCCCUCCUCUCAUGCUGCCACCUGAUGAGCCACCCCCUGACGAGCUGCCCCUUGAGAGACCCCCACUUGAUGAGCUGCCCCUUGAGAGACCCCCACUUGAUGAGCUGCCCCUUGAGAGACCCCCCCUUGGCGAACUGCCCCUUGACAGAUCCCCCGUCGAGGGGCUGCCCCCCAGUGAACCAUCCCUUGAUGAGUUGCCCCCCAAUGAGCCACCCCUUGAUGAGCUGCCCCAUGAUAUACCUCCCCUUGAGGAGCUGCCCCCCAACAAACCACUGCUCGAAAAGUUGCCCCCUGAUGAGCUGCCCCAUCACAAAUCACCCCCCGAAGAGCCUCCCCCAGAAGAUCUGCCCCCCGAAGAGCCUCCCCCAGAAGAUCUGCCCCCCGAAGAGCCUCCCCCCGAAGAUCUGCCCCCCGAAGAGCCACCCCCUGACGAGCUGCCCCCUGAAGAGCCGCUCCCCCCCAGUGAGCUGCUACCCGAGGAGGAACCCAAGCCACCAGGUCUCCUCCCUGAGGUGGCUGUGGCAGAGGAAGCGCCAGCCCUGGCCCCAGAGGUGCCCCCCGAAGAGGAGAUGGAGCUGGAGCCGGAGCCCUUGCUGCCCCCUGAGAUGGCACCCCCACCCCCAGCUCCCCCAGAUCUCUGUGCCGUUUCGCCCGCCCGCCCCCCAGACCCUUCGCCGAACACCAAGGAGGAUGAGGUGCCUGAACCACCCACCCCAGCCCUGCCCGAUCCCCCCGGCAGCCCCGGCACAGCCAUGGACACCGAGCCCCCUGGCUCCCCACCACCCCCACUGGGCUCUCCUGCCUGCACCCUGGCCCUCGCCGAGCCCCCUGAGGAUGAGGAGAUGGAGACAGCUGGUGCUGAGGGGGAGUCACCAACCAGCCCCCCCAGGGACGGCCCCCAUGCCAGCCCUGCACCAGAGCUGGGGCCUUUCCCAGGCCUGACUGAGGAGGAGGAAGAGGAGGAGGAAGAGGCGCCAAGGCUGGAACGGGAGGGCACCAGUGGGAGCUCCCCGCCACUGAGUGAGGAGGAUGCGCUGGAGGAAGGCCGGGCUGGGGGGGACCCUGAAGCCAAGGGGUCCCCCUUGCUCCUGGAGCCGGAGGAGCUGGGCCCUGAGACCCCCAUGGAGGUGUGCGCCGCCGGGGAGAAGCUGCUGGGGCGCGGAGAUGAGGGGGCCCCCGAGCCCCCUGCCCUGCGCCCCCGGCCCGACAUCCUCAACGAGAUCUCCAACCUGAGCCAGGGGGACACGAGCAGCAGCUUCCCUGGCUCGGAGCCGCUGCUGGGCUCCCCGGACCCCGAGGGCGGGGGCUCGCUGUCCCUUGAGCUGGGGCCGGCCUCGGCCGACGCCAGCCUGCAGAAGGAGGACGCCGGAUCGCUGCCGCUGGGCGCCGAGACCGACGACUCGCUGCUCUUUGAGCCGGCCGCCAAAGGAGACGGGGACAAGAGCCGGCGGCGCAGCUCGCCGGGGCGCUCCCGCGUCAAACAGGGUCGCAGCAGCAGCUUCCCCGGGCGGAGGCGCCCUCGAGGUGGGUCCCACGGGGGCCGUGGCCGUGGCCGUGCACGCCUGAAGUCGACCACCUCGUCUGUUGACACCCUAGCACUCGCUGACGUGGAGAGCUCACCCAGCAAGGAGGAGGAUGAGGACGAUGACGACACGAUGCAGAACACGGUCGUCCUCUUCUCCAACACCGACAAGUUUGUGCUCAUGCAGGACAUGUGUGUGGUGUGCGGCAGCUUCGGGCGUGGGGCCGAGGGGCACCUCCUCGCCUGCUCCCAGUGCUCCCAGUGCUACCACCCCUACUGCGUCAACAGCAAGAUCACGAAGGUGAUGCUGCUGAAGGGCUGGCGCUGCGUGGAGUGCAUCGUCUGCGAGGUGUGCGGCAAAGCCUCCGACCCCUCCCGGCUCCUGCUCUGCGACGACUGCGACAUCAGCUACCACACGUACUGCCUGGAUCCCCCCCUGCAGACCGUGCCCAAGGGCGGCUGGAAGUGCAAGUGGUGCGUGUGCUGCGUGCAGUGCGGGGCGGCUUCUCCUGGCUUCCACUGCGAGUGGCAGAACAACUACACGCACUGCGCGCCCUGCGCCAGCCUGGUCGUCUGCCCCUUCUGCCGCGAGAAGUACGUGGAGGACGACCUGCUCAUCCAGUGCCGGCACUGCGAUCGGUGGCUGCAUGCGGCGUGCGACAGCCUCUUCACGGAGGAGGAGGUGGAGCAGGCUGCGGAUGAAGGCUUCGACUGCAGCGCCUGCCAGCCCUACGUGGUCAAGCCGGCCGUGCCUGCACCUCCCCCAGAUACCGCCUCGGUCAAGGCCAAGGAGCCAGAGCCCCAGUAUUUCCGCUUCGAGGGUGUGUGGCUGACGGAGACGGGGAUGGCGGUGCUGCGCAACCUCUCCCUGUCGCCUCUGCACAAGCGGCGGCAGCGCAAGGGCCGGCUGGGCACCCUGAAUGGGGAGGGGGGGCUGGAGGGGGGCGACCCCCUGGGCCCCGAUGACAAGAAGGACGGUGACCUGGACGCCGACGAGCUACUCAAAGCCGAAGUGGGUGUCGAGCACAUGGAGUGUGAGAUCAAGCUGGAGGCUCCAGCCAGCCCCGACCGCGACAUCGGGGCUGACGUGGACUCGGGGAAGGGGCUGGAGGACCCGGAGGAGUGCAAGAAGAGGAAGCGCAAGCCGUACCGGCCUGGCAUCGGUGGCUUCAUGGUGCGGCAGCGCAAGUCCCACACCCGCCUGAAGAAGGUCUCGGCGGUGCUGGCUGAAGUGGGGCGCGAGGGGCUGAGCACCGAGGGGCACCCGGAGGACGGGGCUCCGGGGGACCUUCUGGUUGAGGGCGGCCUGGAUCCGGGCUCGGCAGAGGGGGAUGAGAAGAAGAAGCGCCGGGGAAGGAAGAAGAGCAAGUUGGAGGACAUGUUCCCCCCCUACCUGCAGGAGGCGUUUUUUGGGAAGGCGCUGAUGGACCUGAGCCGGAAGGCGCUGCUGGCGGCGGGUGGCGUGGGGGACGGGGCCGCCCGCCCCUCCCUGGGACAGGGUGCCCCGCGGCCCAAGGGUGACCCCAAUCUGACUGGGGCGCUGCAGGGUGCCCCCGCCGACAGGAGGGAGACCCCCACACACCCCCGAGGGGAUGACAGCACGGACGGCAGCGCUGCUGCUCCCGAGGAUGAUGGGAAGGACGACGCGAAGGCCGAGGACCUGGGGGCCGAUGAGCCGAAGGAUUCCCCGGACCCCGGGGACGCCGAGAAACCAGCCACCCCAGGCGAGGGUGCGCUCAGCUCCGACCUCGACAAGAUCCCCACGGAAGAGCUGCCCAAGAUGGAGAGCAAAGAUGUCCAGCAGCUCUUCAAGGACGUGCUGGGCUCGGCAGAGCGUGGGGAGCAGCCCCUGAACUGCGUGGCCGCGGGGAUGGAGGCUGGCGGCGCAGGGCAGGACCCCAGCCGGGCGCAGCGGCCGUUCCUCCAAGGAGAUCUCCAGCUGCCGGGUCAGGGGAGUGUUUCCCUGGGUUCUCUGUCUGGAGCUGUCUCCUUGGAGUCGUAUUCGGGUGUCUGCCAGUCCCCAUUCCUCGAUAACAGGGAGCGGAGCGGCUUUUUCAGCCCAGACCACUGCGAGCCUGAGAGCCCCUGGGCCAGCAGCUCAGCCGCCACCACCCCCUCGACACCCACAACGCCCACGACGGAGGGUGAGGGCGACGGGCUGUCCUACAACCAGCGCAGCCUGCAGCGCUGGGAGAAGGAUGAGGAGCUGGGUGAGCUCUCCACCAUCUCGCCCGUCCUCUACGCCAACAUGAACUUCCCCAACCUCAAGCAGGAUUAUCCAGACUGGUCGAGCCGUUGCAAACAGAUCAUGAAGCUCUGGAGGAAGGUCCCUGCCACAGACAAAGCCCCCUAUUUGCAAAAGGCCAAAGAUAACCGGGCGGCUCAUCGCAUCAACAAGGUGCAGAAGCAGGCCGAGAGCCAGAUCAACAAGCAGACCAAAGGGGAGGGACUGCGCAAGCCGGAGAGGCCCUCGCUGCAUCUGCGGAUCCCGGUGCCACCGGGGGCACAGCCCGUCUACAUUGGCAGCCCCCCUGCUGCUGGCGAGGGCUUCUUGAAGCCCCCAGCGGGUGCCGGAGGGGGGCCAGAGUCGCCAAGCGAGCUCUUCCUCAAGCUUCCGCCCCAGUCCCCCGCCCAAGUGCCUUCGCACGAUCCCUAUGGCGCGGCACCCGCCUACGCGCUGGAGCCCCGCUUCCCCUCGCCCCUGGGCCAGAGCCCCACGGCGGGCACUGCCUUCCAGCCCUUCCCUGGCCAGCCCCAGCCCCUCACCGGUCCCCGCACUGUCCCCGGCUCCCAGCCCCCCGACUUCCACCCCACGCCACCCGGGACCCCCAGGCACCAGCCUGGCACCCCUGACCCUUUCCUGAAACCCCGGUGCCCCUCCUUGGACAACCUCUCAGUGCCAGGGAGCCCUGGGGCCCGGCCCCCCGAGGCCCUGCUCUCUCCCCUGCCUUUUGGGGAGCAGAAGAAGGGCCUGGAGGUGAAAAAGGAGGAAGGGGGAAGCCUGGGGGUCUGUUCGCCCAGUUAUGUCCCCACCAUGGGCUAUGGGGACUCCCCGGGUGGGCCUCAUCUCUCCGCUGCGGAGUUGAAGGCGGCUGACGUCUUCAAAGCCCCCAUGACCCCACGGGUCUCUCAGGUAGAGCCACAGAGCCCGGGGCUGGGGCAUCGGCCCCCUGACCCCCAUUCCCUGGCUCCCUCGCCCCCCAGCCACCCUGAUAUCUACCGCCAGUCGCCCUACCCGGACCCCUACUCGCAGCCCCCACUGACGCCCCGGCCGCAGCCCCCCGAGGCCUGCUGCCCCCUCCCGCCCCGCUCCCUGCCCUCGGAGCCCUUCUCCCGCAUUCCCGCCAGCCCCCAGUCCCAGUCCAGCUCCCAGUCUCCCCUCACCCCACGGCCACUCUCCAACGAAGCCUUCUGCCAGUCCCCCGUCACCCCCCGUUUCCAGUCCCCGGAUCCCUACUCCCAGCCGCCCUCCCGGCCCCAGUCCCGGGACCCCUUCACCCCCCUGCACAAGCCCCCCCGGCCCCAGAUGCCAGAGCCAGGGUUCAAGUCGGUGCCGCUCUCGCACAGCCCGGCGGCCAGCGGGGGCUUUGGGGGCACCCCGGCGGGUGAGCCCCACGCCAAGGCGCCGGGUGGGCAGCAACCCCCCUUUGCCCGCUCCCCCGGUGCCAGCGUCUUCCCGGGCAGCCAGCCCCCCAUGCGCUUCACCUUCCCCCCGACCGUCUCGGAGCCGCUCAAGGGUUCCCCGUCUCACCAGCCCCACGGGAUCAACAGCCAUUAUGUCCCCGGCAAGCCCCAGAGUUCAGCCUACACCUCAUCCCCCGGCUUCCAAGCCGGUAGCCCGCUGGCGCCGGGCACCGCGGCUGCCGACACCUACAGCCUCUCUCCCCUCCGGCCCCCCUCGGUGCUGCCGCAGCAGCCCCCAGCCGCCCCGCAGCAGCAGGACGCCUCCAUCGCCUUCCUGCCCCGGGCCGCGCUGGGGCCGCCGGCCGACAAGAGGGAGGAGGUGACCGCAGGGCUCUCGGCACCCCCGAACCGGGACCUGGCAGAGCUGCCCAGCGGCCAGGACGGGGCCCUCGGCACCAUGAGCCAGUCGGAGCUGGAGAAGCAGCGGCAGCGGCAGCGGCUCCGCGAGCUGCUUAUCCGGCAGCAGAUCCAACGCAACAGCCUGCGGCAGGAGAAGGAGAGUGCGGCGGCGGCUGCCACCCCGUCGCCGGCGGGCUGGGCCCCCGAGGCCGGCAGCCAGACCUUCGAGCUGAGCCGGGGCAUGGCCCCCUACCAGCCAGCACAGGACAAGGGUCUCCUUGGGACACUGUCCUCCGCGGCCGGUGCUGGGAAGCUGCCCGGCUCCGUGAUGGUGCAGGCAGCGUUUGUGCCGGACGAGCGGCUCUCCCGGCCACCACCGGCAGCCACGCCGUCCGCCCUGGACAUCAACGGGAGGGCGGCAGUGGGGCCCCCCCAGGCCUUCUACCCCCGCGGGGUCUUUCCGGCACCAUCCCCGCAGCAGCACCUCUGGCAACAGCAGCAGCAGCAGCAGCAGGCGGCCGUGGCCCUGCGGCUCCCCGUUGCCUCUCGCUUCGCCCCACCAGCCGCCAGCACCCCCGUGGGCAGCCUGGGCACCCGCCUGCCAGCACCCGCCGAGACGGUGCCCACCUCGCCUGCCGCCCUGGGCGCACCCUUCAUUGAACUGCGGCACAAUGUGCAGAAGGGACCCGGGGGGGUCGUGGGCUCCCCCUUCGCCCCCCAGGCACCCCGGCCCCGCUUUUUCCUGCCUGGGGAGGAGGGCAACCCCCAGGCCCUCUGCGCCCCCGUUGUGCCCAUGCAGGCGCUCCCUGCCCCGGCGCUGCAGCCCCAGAAGAUGCCGGUACCGCUGCCGCCCGCCUCCCCGCAGGGCACCGAGAUGAGCAACAGCCACCACCAGCCUCACGCCAAAGCGGCCACCCCCCUGCCACUGCCGGCCCCCAGCCUGGAGCUGCAGCACAUCCCCCCACGUCCGUUGUCCUCCGGCUCUGCUCUCCGCCCCGAGGGGCCGAAGGAUGGCCCCGCACCAGACCCCGCGCCAGCUCCUGCCCCGGGGAAGAGCCACCUGAGCCUGGAGGGGGGACGUUUGCCGUGCGAGGUGCCGGUGGAGCCCGACUUGGACGAUGACUUCGGCUCCCACAAGGACCUGGAAGACGAUGACGAUUUGGCCAACCUGAGCCUGGAUCCGGAUGUGGCUAAAGGGGAUGAUGACUUGGACAAUCUGGACAGCCUGGAGACGGCAGACCCCCACCUCGACGACCUGCUGAACGGUGACGAGUUUGACCUGCUGGCCUACACCGACCCCGAGCUGGACACUGGCGACAAGAAGGACAUCUUCAACGAGCACCUUCGCCUGGUCGAGUCAGCUAACGAGAAGGCUGAGCGCGAAGCCCAGCUCAAGACGGAGCCGCCAGCACCUAGCUCAAAGCUCCCCGAUGCUGGGGACAGCAAGGACACGGCCCCAUCCGUGGAGGACCAGGAGGUGCCCAAGGAAGGGCUGGUGCCCACGGUGGGCUUAGGACCUGCUCCCUGCCCGACGGGCACCGCACUGGCACCCGACUCCGCUUUCAAGGCGCAGGGCACGGAGGUGAAGGCAGGCUCGCUGCCCAGCGACGUCAAGCCCAAGCUGGAGGACGGCUGCCUGAAGACCUCUCCCUGCCAGUUCACCGCCAGCGGCCCCGAGCGGCUCCCGGUCCCCGUCAAGUCGGAGGCCCUGCAGGGCACGGAUAAGAUCUCUGCCUCGCUGGGGCUAAGCCUCAAAUCCAGCCAGACCCUCCUGAGCCCUGGGGCUGGUUCAACUCGCCUUGGCAUGACGCACUUCCCUAACAGCAGCCAUGCCGGCGUUCCCGUGCCGGAGAAGGACCCCUAUGCCGCCCCUGGCCGCGGGCUGGCCCCUGCCCAGCUGGGCAGUCAGAGCAACCCCUUGCUGGAGAAGUUCGAGCUGGACAGUGGAGCCCUGGGCCUGGGCAGUGCCCGGCACUCACCAGCCGAUGACCUGGACAAGAUGGAGAGCUCACUGGUGGCCAGUGAGCUGCCCCUGCUCAUCGAGGACCUGCUGGAGCACGAGAAGAAGGAGCUGCAGAAGAAGCAGCAGAUGUCGGCCCACCUGCCUCGGGGGACACCCCACCUCCCGGCCCCAGGGCACCCCAUGCUGCACACGGCGGCAGCCGGGCAGCCCCCCGAGGGGCAGCCGCCCCGCCUGGGUGCCCCGCAGCCCCCCCUCCAGCUGGGGCUGGUGGCCAGGCCGCCGCUGAUGCAGCCGCCCCGGAUCAGCGCGCCCCAGCAGGGCCCGGCGCUGGCCCCCCACAUGGGCAUGGCCCCCGGGCAGCCCCACGUGCUGGCAGCCCCCCACAGCGUGCAGGUGGCUCUGGCGCAGCCACAGCAAAGCCAGCAGCAGGUGCUGGUGCAGAAGCCGAUGGCCGGGGUGCAGCCGCCCGCCCUGGGCCUGAAGCCCCCCCAGCUCGUUAUGCAGCAGCAGUUGGCCAACAGCUUCUUCCCAGACACAGACCUGGACAAGUUUGCUGCUGAGGACAUCAUGGACCCCAUUGCCAAGGCCAAGAUGGUGGCUCUGAAGGGCAUCAAGAAGGUGAUGGCUCAGGGCAGCAUCGGGGUGGCCCCGGGCAUGAACAGGCAACAGGUUUCCCUGCUGGCCCAGCGGCUCUCGGGGGGUCCGGCUGUCUCUGAGAUGCAGAAUCACUUGCUGGCGGGGAGCGGGCAGGAGCGGAGCAGCACCGACCCAACCCAGGCUCGCCCCAAUCCACCCACCUUUGCGCAGGGCGUCAUCAACGAGGCCGACCAGCGGCAGUACGAGGAGUGGCUCUUCCACACGCAGCAGCUGCUGCAGAUGCAGCUGAAGGUGCUGGAGGAGCAGAUCGGGGCGCACCGCAAGUCACGCAAGGCCCUCUGCGCCAAGCAGCGCACCGCCAAGAAAGCCGGCCGGGAGUUCCCCGAGGCCGACGCCGAGAAGCUGAAGCUGGUGACGGAACAGCAAAGCAAGAUCCAGAAGCAGCUAGACCAGGUGCGGAAGCAGCAGAAGGAGCACACCAACCUCAUGGCUGAGUACCGCAACAAACAGCAGCAGCACCAGCACCAGGCCUCGGCCGUCAUGGCCCUGAGCCCCUCGCAGAGCCCCCGCCUCAUGUCCAAGCUCCCUGGGCAGCUGCUCUCGGCACACAGCGUCCAGCAGCCGGCGGGGGCCGUGGUGGGCGCGCAAGGCCUCGGCCAGCAGCCAGGGCAGCCCGGGGGCCUGCGUCUGCCCCAGGGCGGCGUGUCCAUGGCCGUGCAGCAGGGCCUGUCCUUCAUGGGCCAGCAAGCUGUGGGCAACGCCCCGGUGCCAGGCACCUCCAACGCCUUCUUCACCGGGAACCCCGCGCUCCGCGGGCUGGCUGCCGACAGCCGCCUGAUGCAGGAGCGGCAGCUCCAGAGGAUGCAGCUGGCCCAGAAACUGCAGCAGCAGAACAUGCUGGGACAAGUGUCACUGCAGCAGCAGCCGGGUGUGAUGGGGCAGGCGUCCAUGCAGCAACAGGGCGUGAUGGGACAGGCGUCGAUGCAGCAGCCGGGCGUGAUGGGGCAGGCGUCGAUGCAGCAGCCGGGUGUCAUGGCGCAGGCGUCGAUGCAGCAGCCAGGGGUGAUGGGACAAGCUUCGAUGCAGCAACAGGGCGUCAUGGGUCAGGCGUCCAUGCAGCAGCCAGGUGUCAUGGGACAGACCUCGAUGCAGCUGCAGGGCAUCAUGGCACAGACACCGAUGCAGCAGCCGGGCGUCAUGGGACAAGCUUCAAUGCAGCAGUCGGGUGUUAUGGCACAGACAUCGUUGCAGCAGCCGGGUGUGAUGGGACAAGCGUCCAUGCAACAGCCAAGCGUCAUGGGACAAGCCUCAAUGCAGCAGCCCGGUGUCAUGGCACAGACGUCGAUGCAGCAGACCGGCGUCAUGGGCCAAGGCUCGAUGCAGCCGGCAGCCAUGGUGGGGCAGCCCAGCCUGCUGGGGCAGCAGCAGCCGGCGCCGGCCCCACAGCCGGGCGCCGUGGGGCAACCCAUGGUGCCGAAGCAGCCGGGGCUGAUGGGCAGCCAGCAGAGUCUGCUGGUGCAGCAACUUUCGCCCCAGCAGCAGCCGGGCUUGUUGGGCCACGCGCAGGCGCCGGGGCUGCAGCACCAGGCGGUGCUGGGCCAUCCCCCGCCCCAGCGCCAGGUCCUCCUGGCCCCCCACCAGCAGCGGGUGCUGGGCUCGCCCCAACUGGCGCCGCAGACUCCGGGGAUGCUGGGCCACCGGCUCGUGCUGUCCCAGCAGCUGGGACAGUCGCGGGCGCUGCUGGCCCCGCAGCAGCAGCAGCAGCAGCAGAACUCAACGGCCGCCCAGACGGGCCUCCUGGGGCUGGGCCAGGGGCAGCCCCCGAUCCAGCACUUUCCGCAGCACGGGGCGGUGGGCCAGGCCCCCUCUGUGCUGCACCUGAGUCAGGGAAUGCAGCCGGCCCCGGCGGUCCUGGCUGCCAAGGACCAGCCUGGAGGGCUGGAUGGCAGCGCCCUGCCCGCCGAGGGCAGCGAGAGCGGGGGGCAGCUGCACGGGGGUCCCCAGGAGCAGCAGGGAGCCCUCAACCCCCCAGCGCUGGGUGGCCCAGAGCCCCAGGCCCCCAAGCACCAGGCUGAGCUGGGGCAGGGCCAGCAGCUCCUCUUGGCCUCCCCGCAGCCGGGUGUCCUGGGCUCGCAGCCGGCGCUGCGGGCAGCCCCCGUGCAGCCGGGCACCCUGCUCGCCCCGCCGCUGCAGAGCCCCGGGGCCACCCGCCCCGAGCUGUCCCAGCAGCACGGGGACGCUGCCGGGGUGGCGGAGCCGCCGCUGGGCUGCGGGACAGGCCAGGCGCAGGGUAUGGCGCUGCCGCAGGCGCCACGGCCCCCGGAGCAGCCGGGUAAGGGGCCGUCGGGCCCGCUGCAGGGUCAGCCGCAGCCCCCGCGUCUCCAGAGCCCCGGGCAGCACAAAGCAGGGCCAGCGGUGCCCUUGCCAGGCCCGGCCGCGCUCCCCACGGGCCUCCUGGGGCAGGUGCCGGGACCGGUGAUGGGCCAGAUCCGGGCGCAGCUCCAGGGCGUCCUGGCCAAGAACCCGCAGCUGCGGCACCUGACGCCCCAGCAGCAGCAGCAGCUCCAGGCCCUCCUGGUGCAGCGGCACCAGCAGAGCCUCCUGCAGCAGGGCCAGGCGCUCCGGCCCCCUGGCCCCUUCCCCGGGCAGGCCCCGGAUCACGGCUCCCCGGCCCCCACAGCCCGCCAGCCCCCUCGCCCGCUAGGGCCCCUCUUCCAGCCGCGGCCGGGCACCCCGUCAGAGGCACAGACCGGCUUUGCCGCCGAGCAGGGGCGGGCGGUGCCGGGGCAGCCCCCCCAGCAGCCCCCCCAGCAGCCCCUGGCUGAGCUGGUGCAGGCAGCCCUGUCUGCCCGCGGUCCCCAGCCCAGCCUCGUCCGGCUCCCCACGCCACCGGCCCCCUCGCCCCUGGGCUGCGCCUCCCAGCACCUGGCCAGCCCCGAGCAGAGCCCCCAAGAGCCAAAGAAGACGUCGCCGGGGGUCCCGGCCUCGGCCCCCAGCCCCGCAGCACCGGCAGAGCAGGGGCUGACGCCUGUGCCGAGCGGCACCCUCCCCGACCCGGCACGUGGCCCCUGGGACCCCGAGGCACCUGGUGCGGACCCAGCCGACCCCAGCGAGACCCACAUCAACGGGGCUGUGCUAGAGGGGCCCCCCACGGCAGGCGAGCCCCCCCAGGUGUUGGUGAAGCAGGAGCCGAAGGAGGAGGUGGCGGCAGCACAGUGUGAGCUGGACGGAGACGAGGCAGCGAAGCCGGAGGCCAACGGGGAUGCCGGGGCCGGCCAAGCCAACAGCCUGCUGGCAUCGGGCAGCCGCUCCGAGGCUGGGCACCUCCUGCUGCAGAAGCUGCUGCGAGCCAAGAACGUGCAGCUCUCAGCGCAGAGCCCGGGCGAGCUCAACGGGCACACGGAGAGCCGGGGUGCCGGGACGGAGCUGCGGCCGCAGCCGGUGCUGCUGGCCCGGGAGGACCCCUCCAUCGCCAGGAAGCCGGCAGCUACCAAACCCAAGCGGGUGCAGAAGGGCAACGAGCGGGUCCCGGCGUCCCGCAAGAAAUUGCGGAAGGACGAGGGGCUGCGCCCCAGCGAGGCCCUCAUGAAGCAGCUGAAACAGGAGCUGUCGCUGCUGCCGCUGACGGAGCCGACCAUCACAGCCAACUUCAGCCUCUUCGCACCCUUCGGCAGCAGCCCCAUCAACGGGAAGAGCCAGCUGCGGGGCGCCUUCGGCAGCGCCGUGCUCGACAGCGUACCUGAUUAUUACUCCCAGCUGCUCACCAAGAACAACCUCAGCAACCCACCGACGCCACCCUCCUCGCUGCCCCCCACGCCACCCCCCUCCGUGCAGCAGAAGAUGGUGAACGGCACCACGGCCUCCGAGGAGCUGGGCGAGCAGCCCAAGGACGCCGACCCAGCCCGCGAGCCCCACAGCCAGAAAGACACACCGGCCGUGGAGGUUAAGAGCCUGGACCUGCUUGCAGCUCUGCCCACCCCUCCCCACAACCAGACCGAGGACGUCAGGAUGGAGAGCGACGACGAGAGCGAUUCCCCCGACAGCAUCGUCCCUGCCUCGUCCCCCGAGAGCGUGCUGGGCGAGGAGCUGCUCCGCUUCCCCCUGCUCAGCGAGGCCAAGCCGGAGCUGGAGGAGCGCGUGCUGUCCCCCAUCAUCCCCAUCAUCCCCCGGGCCAGUAUCCCAGUGUUCCCCGACACGAAGCCCUACGAGGCCACCGAGCCCUUUGGGGCCCCCCCUGGGAAGGUGGGGGCUGCGGGCCCGGGCACCCCAUGGGAGAAGGGCAAGAGCAGUGAGGUGUCUGUUAUGCUGACGGUGUCUGCAGCGGCUGCCAAGAACCUCAACGGGGUGAUGGUGGCCAUGGCCGAGCUGCUGAGUGUGAAGAUCCCCAGCUCCUAUGAGGUGCUGUUCCCAGAUGGCCCCAUGCGAGCAGCAGUAGUUGAGGCCAAGAAGGUGGAGGCAGACAUGGCUGGGGUGCUCGGUGGCAAGGAGAGGGCGGCGCUGGCCGGGAAGGUGCCGGACAGCAGCUCCGAGUGGCUGAAGCAGUUUGAUGCAGUGCUGCCGGGCUACAGUCUCAAGGGCGAGCUGGACCUCCUGACGCUGCUCAGACAGGAGAGCCCCGCACCCGAAAAGACCCUGCACCACUGCUACGUCAACAACGUCUCCAACCUGGACGUGCGGCAGCUCUCUGUCAUGCCCCAGGAGCCCUCGCCCCCGCUGUCCCCCUCUGUCCCCUCCCCGUCCAGCCCCGCUGAGGCUGCCAGGGUCCCCGACCCCGAGGCAGCUCACGAGGCAGCCCCGGCCCCCCCAUCACCCCUGCCGCCGGCCUCCUCGCCAGCCCCCCAGGAGGAAGGGGCCACGGCCCCCAACUCGCCACCCCGCUUCAAGCCACGCUCGCGGCCGCCGGAGGACGGGGACGAAGCGCGGCCCCGGCUGAAGAAGUGGAAAGGGGUGCGGUGGAAACGGCUGCGCUUCCUCGUCACCAUCCAGAAAGGGGGGGCCAAGCGGGACGGUGACAAGGAGAUCGCGGAGUUCAUCGACAAGCUGGGCACCACCCUGCGCCCCGAAAAGGUGCCGCGGGACCUGCGCAAGUGCUGCUUCUGCCACGAGGAGGGCGACGGGGCCACGGACGGGCCGGCCCGCCUGCUCAACCUCGACCUCGACCUCUGGGUCCACCUGAACUGCGCCCUGUGGUCCACAGAGGUCUACGAGACGCAGGGAGGGGCCCUCAUCAACGUGGAGGUGGCCCUGCACCGCGGGCUGCUCACCAAGUGCUCCCUGUGCCAGAAAACCGGCGCCACCAACAGCUGCAACCGCAUCCGCUGCCCCAGCGUCUACCACUUCGCCUGCGCCAUCCGCGCCAAGUGCAUGUUCUUCAAGGACAAGACCAUGCUGUGCCCCUUGCACAAGCUGAAAGGCCCCUGCGAGCAGGAGCUGAGCAGCUUCACCGUCUUCCGACGCGUCUACAUCGAACGGGACGAGGUGAAGCAGAUCGCCAGCAUCAUCCAGCGCGGCGAGCGGCUCCACAUGUUCCGCGUGGGCGGGCUGGUCUUCCACGCCAUCGGGCAGCUCCUGCCGCAUCAGAUGGCCGACUUCCACAGCGUCACGGCCCUCUACCCCGUGGGCUACGAGGCCACGCGCAUCUACUGGAGCCUGCGGACCAACAACCGCCGCUGCUGCUACCGCUGCACCAUCUGCGAGAACAACGGCCGCCCCGAGUUUGUCGUGCAAGUCAUCGAGCAGGGCCUGGAGGAUCUGGUCUUCUCCGACUCCUCGCCGCAAGCCGUCUGGAACCGGAUCAUCGAGCCAGUGGCGAUGAUGAGGAAGGAAGCCGACAUGCUGCGACUCUUCCCCGAGUACCUGAAGGGUGAGGAGCUCUUCGGCCUCACGGUGCACGCGGUGCUGCGCAUCGCUGAGUCGCUGCCCGGCGUCGAGAGCUGCCAGAACUACCUGUUCCGCUACGGGCGCCAUCCGCUGAUGGAGCUGCCGCUGAUGAUCAACCCCACCGGCUGCGCCCGCUCCGAGCCCAAGAUCCUCACCCACUACAAGCGGCCCCACACCCUGAACAGCACAAGCAUGUCCAAGGCCUACCAGAGCACGUUCACGGGCGAGACCAACACACCCUACAGCAAACAGUUCGUGCACUCCAAGUCCUCCCAGUACCGGCGCCUGAAGACGGAGUGGAAGAACAACGUCUACCUGGCGCGGUCCCGCAUCCAGGGGCUCGGGCUCUACGCGGCCAAGGACAUCGAGAAGCACACCAUGGUCAUCGAGUACAUCGGCACCAUCAUCCGCAACGAGGUGGCCAACCGGAGGGAGAAGAUCUAUGAGGAGCAGAACCGCGGCAUCUACAUGUUCCGGAUCAACAAUGAGCACGUCAUUGACGCCACGCUGACGGGGGGCCCGGCCAGGUACAUCAACCACUCGUGUGCCCCGAACUGCGUGGCCGAAGUCGUGACCUUCGACAAGGAGGACAAGAUCAUCAUCAUCUCCAGCCGGCGCAUCCCCAAGGGGGAGGAGCUCACCUAUGACUACCAGUUCGACUUCGAGGACGAUCAGCACAAGAUCCCCUGCCACUGUGGAGCCUGGAACUGCCGAAAGUGGAUGAACUAGCUGGGAAAAGGGGCUGGGGGCCGCGGCCCCCGCCUCGGAGACCUCGCCAAGACCCGCCGGGGCCGCGGGAGGUGCCAGGGCGGCCGGGCAGGCGGUGGCGGCCGGGGCACGGAGGCUCCGGCAGGGAGGGCGACCACCGCCGAGCCACCGGCCCUGCCCGAGUGGGACGGACGGACGGACGAACUGGCAACUCAGGGUUUUCUUUGCUUCGUCCUACGAAGAAGCGGGGCGGGGCGGGGGGAGGUCGGGGGUCCCAGCGAGACCCCCACCGCCACCAUCACCCACCGCCCGCCUCCCUCGUGGGGGAGCCACGGGGGAGCAGAGCGGUCCCAGCGGAGCCGGAGCGAGUUCAGAGCCGGCCUGGAUUAUUUUUAUUUUUAUUUUUAUUUUAUUUUUUUUUUUUUUUAGAAACAAAACUAAUAAUAUUUGCUCGCUAAUUACCAAGGUAACACAGACUCCUUGAGCUCGACAAUCCGGGCUCUGCCCCGUCGCGCUGCGGCGGCCAGAGCUCGCUCGGUUCCUUUGAUCUCUUUUUGUUUGUGCGUGUGGACGAGACCCCGGAGCGCGGCGGCGCGGAAGGAGGCGCCUACGGCGAGGGCCCCCGACAGACACAAGGAGCUUCUGCACCCAAACCUACCUCAUUUUAAGUGUUAGAUUUUUUUUUUUUCUUUUCUGUUAUUGUUGUUUUUAAAUGUGAGCCCCCACCACCCUUCCGGGCAGCGCCGCCGGCCCCCGGGGGGUCUUUCCCCUCUCCCUUGGGCUCCAGGGGAGGCAGCCCCCCCCCCCCGUCCCCCUGUCCCCCUCCUCUGGUCGUGGCUGCAGAAGGGCCCUCACUGGGGUCCCUGGGGAGAGGUGGGGGGCGCGGGGCGGGGGGGAACCCCUGUCCUCGUCCCCCAGCCCGGGAGGUCCCAGCCGUGCGACGUGCCAAGGUGGGAGGUGGGGUCGGGGCGGGGGGGUGCUAGACCCGCUCCCCUGGUGCUGGGGGGGGGUCGGCAGGGACAAGUGGGGGCCCCCCCCCCGGCCACCCCAUCGCCCGCAGCACCCACAGCUGGGGCUGUGUGCGGCCGCCGUCGGCACGGGGCGGGGGGGGAAGGUUAUUUAUCUAUUUAUACCUUAUAUUGUAUAUACUAGAUGGGGGGGGAGGGGGGCUCUUUGUGCUCUGCUGGGCUGAGAUUUGGGGUGCGGGGGCAAGGGGGGGCCGCGGCAUUUUUAAACCCAGUCUCCGAGGGCUUGAGGGGGGGGUCUGAAGCCUCCUGCCAGGCAGGGGCAGCCUCGGAGAGCGAAGCAGCGAGUGGGCAUUACAGGCCGGGCCCCCCCACCCCAGCCCUGGCCCCCCCCCUUCCCCCCCAGGGCCGCUACCUGCCCCCCACCCCACCCUGGGGGGGAACCUCGGGGGGUGCCGGGAUCUCUUAACGCACAAACGCACGGUGUGGGGGGGGACCCUCCUGUCCCCCGGGGGGGAGGGGGGGGGUCGGGGGGUCGGUGCCCCCCCACCCCAAUUCCCCCCUCUGGUGUGGUGGGGGCAGCGCAGGGACGGCCGGAGGAGGAGGAGGAGGGGGGGGGGGGAAUCUUUAAAGCUGCUUCCGCAACUCGUCAAAGCUGCAAAAAGGUUUAAGGUAAAAAUGUUUAAAAAAAAAAAAAUGGAGGAAAACAAAAAAACUGAUGAUAAAAAAGUGAGAGUGGGGGUGGGGGAUGAGAAAGUUUUAACAGAAAAUAUACGAGAAAUUUAACUUUCGGAGCUGUACAUAGCCGGGGCGUGUAGAAAUCCCGUUUUUACCAAUACCGAAACCACUGGAUGUUAUUUUAAAAAUAAAGCGCGUGAGAAGCCA